AAGACCGUCGCCGACCGGCAUCUGCAUUCUAGUUUAGUGCGUGGGGGCUCAAAUUACCCGUGUGCAAGAUGUUGAAGGGGCUUUUGCGUGGUAGAGGAUCCCCAUUACAGUAUAUCAUAGUGUUCAGGGCGAGUGCCGGCGAUAUGGUUGAAGGUCGUUUUGAGGGGGAAUGCGAUCCGGGAAAUCUCCAAUAUGGUUCUUGUCGUUCUUUCUACAAAAUUUCCGAUCCCUUCAGCCAUCUUGCUAAAAUAUCCGGUUUGUUUGAUACAUACACCCGGCUUGCCCAGUACUUUGGAAACAAGGGUACCAGUAAACCCCCAAUGCAAAACGCCAGUUCAACAAAUACCAUUUCGUCUGGGAAGGGCGUAAACCCCAGGAUGAUCGGGUUAAGUGCCAAGGCUGAACACACAUGUGCCUGCCUACCUCAUUCCAAGCUUUCUACCUGCAGAGUACCGACGGGGAAUAAGGUCGGAGCAGCCGGAGUGCCGGACCCUUGUUAUCUCAGCGGUUUCGAGUCUCACCUUGCCCCACGCCCCGCCCUCCUUAUUGCGGAUACGUACUUUCGUACCGACUACUACCUCUACUACUUUGCCGUUUCCACCAUCCCCGUUUCUUUGGACACCCGUGUGACAAGCCCGACGACAAAGAACAAAAUCCUCCUUGUGGGGUCCCCUUCGGCCUGUUCCAUCCGGUCUGUUCCAGGCGCGACGACCCGCCCGGAAAUCGUCAAAGCCCAAUUGAAGCUGUCCGCCCGCCCUUGA